CCGGAUAGUAGAAAAAUUGCGAAAUAAAUUUUUAGUUCCGCGGAGUGAUAUUGGAGUGAAAUGCGGUUUUUAUGAUUAUUAUUCGGGUAAAAAGUUGAUAGAAAGUGAGAUAAAAUGGAUACCCGAAAGCUUACAGAACUCCUCCGGGCCACCAUGGACCCGGGGCAACAGCAGCAGGCCGAGGAGCAGCUCAAUCAAAUCCACAAGAUAAUUGGAUUUGUGCCCACAUUGCUGAGAAUUGUCAUGCAGAAUGAUGUGGAUUUGCCGGUGAGGCAGGCUGGAGUGAUCUAUUUGAAGAAUCUGAUAACGCAGAAUUGGCAGGAUAGGGAAGCAGAACCGGGAGCUCCAAUGGUUUAUUCAAUUCAUGAGCAAGAUCGUGCUAUGAUUAGGGAUAGUAUUGUUGAGGCAGUUGUCCAUUCGCCAGAUAUUAUACGUGUGCAGUUAGCAAUUUGUGUCUAUCAUAUAAUUGUGUCGGAUUUCCCGGGUAGAUGGACACAAAUUGUGGAUAAGAUAAGUAUUUAUCUGCAAAAUCCCGAUGUCAAUGGAUGGACAGGUGCAUUGAUUUGUCUGUAUCAAUUGACAAAGAAUUAUGAAUAUAAAACAGCUAAAGAUCGUACACCAUUGACUGAAGCUAUGAAUUUGCUAUUGCCCAUGAUGUAUCAUUUGAUGGUGAAUCUAAUGCAGGAUCCAUCGGAACAGAGUGUAUUGCUGCAGAAGCAAAUACUGAAAAUUUAUCAUGCUCUAACACAAUAUUCAUUGCCAUUGGAUUUGAUUUCGAGAGAGACUUUUUCCCAAUGGAUGGAAGUUUGUCGGCAGAUUGUUGAUCGUCCAGCACCAGAUUCCAGUCAUAUUGACGAGGAUGAGAGACCAGAGAUGGUGUGGUGGAAAGUGAAAAAAUGGGCUAUGCACAUAAUGGUGAGAAUGUUUGAACGCUAUGGAUGUCCUGGGCAUGAAGUUAUUAAGGAUUAUCAGAAGUUUGCUGCAUGGUUUCUGCCAACAUUCACCACGGGAAUUUUGGAGGUGUUACUGAAGGUUCUGGAUCAGUAUCGGAAUAAGAUUUAUGUGUCUCCACGUGUACUGACGGAUAUUUUGAAUUAUCUCAAACAAGCCAGUGAACAGGUGUAUUCGUGGAAGUUGAUUAAGCCUCAUAUGGUGGUAUUGAUACAGGAUGUAAUAUUUCCAAUAAUGUCCUACACGGAUGCCGAUCAGGAGCUUUGGGAGACGGAUCCGUAUGAGUAUAUUCGGGUGAAAUUUGAUGUUUUUGAAGAUUUUGGCUUUCCUGUACCAGCUGCUCAGGCUUUUCUCCUAACCAGUUGCAAGAAGCGCAAGGGUAUCUUGCAGAAGACUAUGCAGAUUGUUAUGGAAGUUUUGACACAUCCAAAUUCAGAUUCAAAACAGAAAGAUGGCGCUCUGCACAUUGUGGGGACAUUAGCUGAGGUUUUGCUGAAGAAGAAGAUGUUCCGGGAACAAAUGGAGACUCUACUGACAAAUUAUGUCUUUCCGGAAUUUGGUAGUCCACAUGGGUUACUGAGGGCCCGGGCAUGUUGGGUGACACAUCAUUUUCAUGAGAUUAAACUGAAGAAUCCUCAGGUUUUGGCUGAAAUUAUGCGAUUGACAUCUCAGGCAUUGCUGACGGAUAAGGAGUUGCCGGUAAAAGUGGAGGCAGCUGUUGCACUUCAAAUGUAUCUCACCACUCAAGAUCACUCCCAUCAAUACAUUGAGGCACAGAUAAAGCCCAUUACCAUGGAGAUACUGGCGAUAAUAAGGGAGACACAAAAUGAAGAUUUGACAAAUGUCAUGCAGAAAAUUGUUUGUACUUAUUCAGAUCAAUUGCUACCCAUUGCUGUGGAAAUUUGUCAACAUCUCGCCACGACAUUCAGUCAAGUCCUGGAAUCGGAUGAUAGUAGCGAUAGUCGUGCCAUAACAGCCAUGGGAUUGCUCAAUACCAUUGAGACACUGUUGUCUGUGAUGGAAGAUCAUCCGCAGAUCAUGUCAAAUCUCCAUCCAAUUGUUAUUCGUGUCGUUGGACAUAUUUUUCAGCAGAAUGUCAUUGAGUUCUAUGAGGAAGCCUGUUCCCUCGUAUAUGAUCUAACGGCAAAAGUCAUCACGCCAGAUAUGUGGCAAAUGCUAGAAUUGAUCUAUCAAGUAUUCCAAAAGGAUGGUUAUGACUAUUUUGUGGAUAUGAUGCCAGCACUUCAUAAUUAUGUCACAGUCGACACGGAGGCCUUUCUAUCGAAUCAAAAUCACCUUAUUGCCAUGUUCAAUAUGUGCAAGUCCAUCUUGACGGGUGAUCCUGGUGAGGAUCCUGAAUGUCAUGCCGCCAAAUUACUCGAAGUCAUCAUUUUGCAGUGUAAGGGACGCAUUGACGAAUGUAUCCCAAUUUUUGUCGAUCUUGUCCUUACACGUCUCACCAGGGAGGUUAAAUCAUCAGAAUUGCGCACAAUGUGUCUUCAGGUCGUCAUUGCGGCGUUGUACUACAAUCCAACGUUGUUGCUGUCGAUUUUGGACAAGAUGCAGUCACAGCUUCAGCAACCGGGAUCAGAGUCUAUUUGUUCGCACUUUAUCAAACAAUGGCUUCACGAUACGGAUUGUUUUUUGGGGAUCCACGAUAGGAAAUUGUGCGUUCUGGGACUUUGUACGCUCAUGUCAAUGGGCGAGGCGAGACCACCGGUGCUGAAUGAGCUGGUGGGACGCAUCUUGCCAGCUCUGAUUUUGCUCUUUGAAGGCCUGAAGCGUGCAUAUCAGGUGCGUGCUCAGGAAGCUGAAGAGGAAGAGAGUGAAGAUGAUGAUGAUGACUGUGAAGAGGCACUCUCAAGCGAUGAAGAUGAUCUUGAUGAAAACAAUCCCAACUUCUUGUCCAAUCUGGCGAAUAGGAUUAAGGAGAAGGGAGCAAAUCACAAUUACGACUUUACGGACAUCAUCAAGGACGACGAUGAUGAUGAUUCAGAUGGGAAUGCAGAUGAUGAGUUAAGCAAUGAGAUUGAUGAGACUGCUCUUGAGAGUUACACAACUCCUCUCGAUGACGAUGAUGAUCCUCAGACGGUAGACGAAUACAUCACUUUUCACGAUGUUUAUCAAAAUUUAGCUAAAGUUGAUGCUUCAUGGUACGAAGCACUCAAUCGAGCACUGAGACCAGAACAGAUGCAAGCAAUAAGUGAAAUUCUCUUAUUGGCACAGCAGAAAAGACAUCUCAAACAAUCGAAACAGAUCGAGAAAAGUGGAGGUUUGCAGCAGAAUCAACUAUAUUUUCCAUAUCUUGGUGGAAAUUCAAACUGCCGACGUUGUCAAAACGGAAAACGAUAGAUAAAACUAAUAAACAGGGGGCUUUAUGGUGUCCAAGGAUGAAAUAUUCAGCUAGACUACCUCCAAAACAUUCCAAAAAUAAACGAAAUCGCCGGGUCACCGAAGACCGGAAGCCAAUAUCUCUUACCGUUUGGCAGCCAGGAUGGAGAGAAGUUAAAAAAAAAAACACGAUUGUUAAAAUUGCUCUCUCUUGGAGUUCGAGCAGUUAAAAUAUUGCAGAAACAAAAAACUGCACUCGGAAGGACCAAGUGGCAGUUUCUGCCAUAUGCAUUUUAUAUUGGAGUUUAUUUUCUUGAUGUAAUUUUCAAGAUGUAAUUUUCUUGAUUGUUAAUGUGUAAGAGUCUUAAAAGAACAGUUUGAAAGUGUUUUUGCAAAUUAUUGAGAAGAAAAACAAUGAAAUUUCAGUGAAUUACUUUGACCGUGAAAUGUUCGAUGAAAAAGCAUUAUGCGCAAAGCACAAUAACUUUUGUUUGUAAACAUGUUUUCAAAAUUUUCUAUAGGAGUGAAUGAGAUGACUAGAUCUAGAUCUCACUCGCUCUCAUUGAAAUGUCAAAAACAUGUUUACUAAACAAAAGUUAUUGUGCGUUGGGCAUUACUCUAUGAUUCUGAUAAAGAUGAAGAAAACAUCGAAUGGUUAGAAAUCUUUAGAUAUAGUGACCAAGGAGAUGAAAUUUCUGAUUCUGACACCAGAAAAGAAUUGACUAAAGCUCUGAAUGUUAAAAUAUAAGUAAAAAUAUCAAUAUAUUUUGUAAAAUCCG